AUGAGCUAUUGGAAGUUCUCGUCGAAAGACCUCCGGUCGGUUGGAAACUACUCUCUUGGACGUUUAAUCGGGAAGGGAUCCUUUGGCAAGGUGUACCUGGCAACUCAUAAACUCACGAAUGGAUCAAAAGUUGUUCUCAAGUCUGCAAACAAAGACGAUUCAAAUCUUGCGCGGGAAAUCCACCACCAUCGACAAUUUAUACAUCCCCAUAUCGCGCGGCUCUACGAAGUGAUAGUUACGGAGAAUCUGGUGUGGCUAGUUCUAGAGUACUGUCCAGGCGAUGAGCUAUAUAAUUACCUGCUGAAUCAUGGAGCGCUUCCGGUUGAGAAGGUCCAGAAGAUCUUCACCCAACUUGUGGGGGCUGUCACAUAUGUUCAUAAUUCUCAAUGUGUGCAUCGGGAUCUGAAACUUGAAAAUAUCCUCCUGGACAAGAACGAGAACGUCAAGCUAUGCGAUUUCGGUUUUACUAGGGAGUAUGAAGGAAAGGCCAGCUAUUUACAGACUUUUUGUGGAACUAUCUGUUACAGCGCACCGGAGAUGCUAAAAGGAGAGAAAUACGCGGGCGAGAAGGUCGAUGUCUGGAGUCUAGGCGUGAUACUUUACGCUCUUCUGAGCGGCGAACUACCAUUCGACGAGGAUGACGACAACGAGACAAGGACUAAAAUCUUGACGGCGGAACCUAAAUGGCCCGACUAUUUUUCACCAGAGGCGCGCUCUUUACUGGGUAUACUUCUUUCCAAGCGGCCAUUGCGCCGGCCUGCGCUGAGCGAUAUCCUGGCUCAUCCUUUUCUGGCGGACUUUGCACCUGCGCAACAAGUCAUUCUAAAGCUUCAACAACCAGCGCCGUUCACCACCCCUUUGGAAAAAGAGACGCUUGAACGCAUGCGCAGCGCUGGGGUUGACACAGAUCAAGUCAUUGAGAAUGUACUAGCACGGCGUUGCGAUCCUCUGGCAGGCUGGUGGACCCUUCUCCUCGAGAAAGAACAACGCAAACAAGCUCGGAGAGAGCGGAAACGGAAGGAGAAAGAAGCCGAAAACCGGACAUCGCGGAGACUAAGUGGUGCAAGCACUCGGCUUGAACGGACGGCCCCUAUCCUAACAGGUGUUAAUGAGCAAGGACAAGAAAUCAGGUUAAGAGAUCCACCACCGGGUAGGGGCAGAAAAGACAGACGAAGUGCACAUUACCCAGACCUUGUUCUAACCGAUCUUCCUGGUCUACCUGAAAACCCCAAGCUGGGCUCUCCAGGCUCAGCAACACCCCCUCCGCCGAUAGACAAAGACUCGAUAAGCUCAGCAAGUUCUUCACGGCAUCGGCGUCCGAUCCCACCGCCCAAAGAAAGUAUGCUGCUACGUAGUGCACGAUCUCGUGGGAGUACACUGCAGCUUGUCACAUCAAAUCAUGAUCUCCUAGCUGCGCCACCCAAUGGUAAUCUGAGGCCUCCACGGCGGAAGCAUCAACACGCCUUUAUCAACCACCUCGCCAAUUGGAAACAUUGGCUUCUAGACUCGGCAAAACGUACAAAGUCUCCCGGUAAGAGAAUGACAAACUCAACACCUGAUCUUCACCAGAAGUCGACCAACAGCUCGAGGACUGGUGGGAAGGAAUCAAGUCCGCGGCCUGCAACUUCAAAGACAUCAGAAGCCCCAAGGCUCGUUUUAGCGCCAGAGGCUCGAAGCCGCCCACCGGUAGCGCGAAUAUAUACCACGCCCAACAGCAAGCGCCACUCUCUUUCACCAUCGCCUCUGACUCCUCGGUCGACCUUCCGCCGGUCCAGUAUAGGUCUCCGAGGCCGUAAAUCUACAUCUUCCUCAGUCUCCUCCAUCCGUAGCAUCCACCAUCACCACCACAGCCACUCCAAAGCCUCAUCCACGUCAUCCAACGGGUCAGGGACGAUGCCCAUGAGCAAAGGUCCUAUACCUCCCCGCAGCCCCCAUCACUCAGUCAAAGUUCUGCCUGCGACGCCCACAACUGGUACCUUCCCCUCCAACAUCCGCGUCGUGCGCCAAGCUCCCACAUCAACAUACAACGAAGUACCCUGGGGCAAUUCCUUUGGCUCAGGCAGCACCGGCGGUCUUGUCUUCGCUAAGCGCAAGAAAAAUGUUUUCAAGGGACCCAUGCUCAACACCUCGUCGCCCAGUCCGUCUGGAGGGGGCCAUACAAGAACCGGGAGCCACAGUCGUAGUACCAGCGUGGCUGGGAAGCGCAGCAGUGAAAUCAUCGAAGAGGAAGACGAGGAUGCUGUAGAAGAGGUUGAAGCUUUUAGCCCUGUAAUCGGCCCUGAGGAAGUCGAAGAGCUGUUCCCGGCGACGGAUACGCCGGGGACAACGGAUCGUCUGUAA